AUGACGACGACAGAAUUAGUACAAUGUUUGCACAUUCAUACACUAUAUAGCAUUUAUAGUAUGCAAGAGGAGGAAAGAGGUAAUAACACAGCAGCACUCCUUUCCUCCUCCUCUUGUAUUACUACUGCUUUACUGUACUGUUGGUUGUUGUCUCACGCCAUCUCUACUACUCUACUACUAUUACUACUACGUCUGCUCCGUCCAUCAUCCCUAAACAUUACUACUACUACUACUGCCACUACUACUACUAUCCUCACUUCUCUUCAUAUCAACCACACAUUACUACUAAAGGAGAAGGAGAGGAGAAGAAGAAGCAAUCAGGCAAGCUGCUUUUUUAUGAGUAGUAUUGCAGCAUUGGAGCCAUUUAUUGGCAAAGAAGAUCCAAAUGAUCUAUUCGAAUUGGUGGAAGAGAUUGCAGAGGGAUCGUUUGGAACGGUCUACAAGGGAAAACAUCUUCCCACUGGCAAUAUUAUGGCUGUAAAGAUUAUUGGAUUGGAUGAAGACGAAACAUUUGACGAUUUGGUCGUUGAAAUUGAUAUUCUCAAUCGAUGUAAUCACAACAACAUUGUCAAAUACUAUGGCAGUUGGGUAAAGGGCGACGAGCUCUUUAUUGCCAUGGAAUGUUGUGGCGGUGGCUCCAUCACCGAAAUAUAUCAAGAAUUAAAUGUACCACUAAACGAAUUACAAAUUGCAUACAUUUGCAGAGAGACUCUCAAGGGUCUAGAAUAUUUACAUAAUCACGGCAUUAUUCAUCGUGAUCUCAAGGGUGCCAAUAUCCUAUUGACCGACAAUGGUGAUGUUAAAUUGGCUGAUUUUGGUGUAUCUGGUUUAUUAGAUAAAACAAGUAAAAGAAUGACUUUUAUUGGUACUCCUUAUUGGAUGGCUCCUGAAGUUAUUGAAAACAGAAGUAAUCAAGUACCAUAUAAUACAAAGGCAGAUAUUUGGUCAUUGGGAAUUACAUUGAUUGAAUUGGCAGAGGCUGAACCACCUCUAUCUGAAAUCCAUCCAAUGAAAGUACUUUUCCAAAUUCCAUACAGAGACCCACCAAAAUUAAAGAAUCAAGACUCUUACUCUAAAGAAUUUAUUAGUUUUGUUUCUCAAUGUCUUCACAAGGAUCCAAAUCAAAGAAAAACUGCUUCUGAAUUAUUAAAGCAUCCAUUUGUUAGUAAUACAAAAGAAAAGAAUAUUAUGAAUGAAUUAAUUAUGAGAUAUAGAAAAUUAAGAUUAGCAGAAAUGGAAAUGGAAGAGGAAAAGGAAAGUGAUGAUUCUGAUUCUGAUGAAAAGGAUUCUGAAGAAAAGAAACACUCUGGUUCAUCACCACCAUCACCAGUUGUAUCGAGAGCCAACGCUACUCCUGCCAAACAACCACCACCAACACAAUUAUCGGUUGGUAGCGGUGCCGAUCUUGGCAAGGAUGUACCAGCCAUCAAAGAACCAGCUGCUGCUCAACAACCCCAUGCUAACGGUAAAUCAUCAACAGCUGCUGCCGCUCCUUCAGGUGCUACCUCCACCUCUACCACAUCUACUACAACAACCACCACUGAUCCUAGCAGUAGAUCACCAGACAUUAGAACGAAUCGUAGAGCAGGACGUCCAGUUACCAUUAGAAAGACAAUGGAAAAGCGUAAUGAAGCAAUGAAAAAGGUUGUCAAUGGAAAGUUGAUGAAACAACAAUUAAAAGACAUCAAGAAACAACAACAAAAGCAGAGAAAGGAAGAAGAAGCUCAAUACAGACAACACCAAAAGGAAAAGGAGGAUCUUUUAAAGCAAAACAUUCAACGCGCCUCUCAACAACAAAAACAAAACAGUGGUAAAGAGGAAAAAACACAAAAGUCACACAAGAUGGAACGCGAGAAUUUGCAACGCCAACAAAAGUCGGAUCGUGAUUCGUUGCUCAAAAAGAAUCAAAACGACGGAAGAAGUCAAAAGAGCAAGAUAUCAGAUCACCAAAAGCAACAACAAAAAGAGUUUAAGGACCACCAAAAGCAACAACAAAAGGCAAAAGAGACAGAGCUCAAGGAUCAAAACAAGGCACUCGAAAAAUCGACACCAAAGAAAUUGAGCAAGCACAUCCAGAACCAACAAAAGAUCAUUCAGUCACACGAAGUCUUUAUCGACGAUCUUGUCUUUCAACAAAAACAAGACUUUCAAAAGUUGCUCGACGAUCACAUCAUAUCGACACAAAACUUGGCCACUGAAAACAAACAACAAAACGAUCAAUUGGCUUCAUGGCACACUCAACAAAACCACCAAUUGGCUGCUCAAAACCAAUGUCAACUCGAAGCUUGUCAAGACUAUAACAAUUGCUUGCGUGAAAACAUGUCACUCGAACACUUGCAGGCUCGCAAUCAAAUGGAAGCACAACAUCAGUCGGAAAUCUCGCACCUAAAGGAUCGUCAAAUCAGUGAGACUGAACAACACAACAAGCAACUCAACAAUGACCAACGCAACCAACUCAAGGAAUUCAGAUUGAACCAAACAAAUGAAUUGAAAAACUUUUUAAACAAACUUAAAAAGGAACUCAAGGAGGAAAAGGGUAACAAGAAGCAGUUGCAGGUACUCCACAAGGAUCAACGCAAACAGUUUGAAUUGACCCUCCAGACAUGCGACAUGGAGUUCCAAAAGAAAUUGCAACGUCAACGUCAAGAGGAAGACGAAGUGUUGGCUCAACACCAACAAGAUUCAUACAACCGUCUCCAAGAACGUCAACAAGCUGCCAUGCGCGACCUCGAAGAGGAACAAAAGAAGCAAAAGGCACAUUUCGAGUCAGAGUGUCAGCUCGGCGAGGAAGACAUUCACUUGCAACAGUACAAGGAACGCAAGAACCUGCUCAAGCAACAACACUCGGAGCAAAAGCAGAUCUACCAAGAGCAACUCCAACUCCAAACACGUCUCCAACAAGAGCAAUUCAAGGAAUCACCCUCUCUCCUCAACGACCAACACACCAAGCAAAAGGAAGUGUUGGACGAACAACACAAGGAACGUCUCUCACUCCAACAGGAAGAGCAUCGUAUUCAACAAGAGAGUGUCAAAAAGUUGGAGACCAAAAAGAAGGGUGGAGCCAUGCCAACCGACCUUCCCACUACCCUUGCCUCUAUGCAACAGGAGCAAUCCAAGCAACUCCAAACCCUAUCACAACAACUUCAAUCUGAAAUUGCAAUCAUGCUUGAACGUCAACAAAAGGAUAUUGCUUCCCUCCAAGCCGACCAACUACGUGCCACCGAGCAACUCACCAACGACCAACAAAAACAUUUACACGAUCUACACGAAGACCAAAAGAAACAAAGCGCAAAAUUAAAAGAAACACGUCCAACCUUUAAAGAUAACAGUUCACAUAAAAAGAGAGCUUCUGCAAAUAACAAUAAUAAUAAUAAUAAUAAUGUAAAUGGCGGUAGCAAUGCAAAUGGUAAUCACCAAAACGGAAACACAUUAAAUAACAAUAAUAACAAUAACAACGCAGUCAAUAAUGUGGGUGGUGGUAGCUCUUUGCAUCUUGGAUCGGCAGUUGGAGGAAGCAUCAGUGGAAAGAGCAACAGAGAUGGUAGUGGAGGUCACAAUACUCCUGUACUUUCACAUAAUAUCAAACACGCUAGAUCAUUCUCAACCUCUUUACCAUCGUUCAAGUUUGAUCAAUCUCUCAACAACAGUGCCAUAAACACAAGUACGAAUAGUUUAUCAUCAAGUGGUGGUAGCAAUAGUAAUUUAGGCAAUCUAUUAAAUUCCUCUUCUGGUGGUGUUCAUCAUAAAGAUGAAAAUUAA